ACCUCCAAGCCAACACACAGUCACACACCACCCCUCUCUUCUUCUCUCCUGUGUUUCCAUAGCCACCUAGUAGCGUAGUAGUGUGCGUGCGAGGUCUAUGGCCGGAGUGCGGGAAGAAGAGUUCGACGAGGGAGAUGUAUGGGACGUGCUGCUGGGCGAUCACCAUCAGGGCAGCAGCGCGGCGGCGGAGGCGGAGGCGCUCGUGGCGACUCCGCCGAGGAAUAGGAGGGUCAGCGGCGGCGGGAAGGACAAGAAGAAGGGCGCCGCCGCGGCCGAGAGAGACGGCGUGGUGGUGAGCGGCUGCAGGCCCGGCAAGCCGAGGUCGUCGGCGCCGGUGGCCAUCCCGGCGGCCGGCAGCCGCGGCGGCGGCGAGGAGGAGGAGGAGGACGGGGCGGAGAUGCUGCUGCUGCCGCCGCACGAGUGGCUGGCGAGGAAGAUGGAGCGGAUGGGCGUGGCAUCGCCGCCGGACCAGGCGUGCAGGGGCCGGAGCAAGGGCCGGGAGCUCACCAAGGUCAGGGACGCCGUGCUCCCCAAGACCGCCUUCUCCGACCAGUAGUUUAAUUAAUCUACAAGGAGAAGCCUAUGCCUGCAUGCACACUUCAAGCAAAUGGAACAAUGCAUGUUCUUCAUUGCUCGAAGCAUGCAAAUUUAAAUUCCUAAGCUAGCUUAUUGACAUGCAUGCUCGACCAUUAUAUUAGCUAGUUAUAAUAAGGGGGUGUUUGGAAGGAGGAGGCUAAACUUUAGCCCUGUCACAUCGGAUGUUCGGAUACUAAUUAGGAGGACUAA